AUGGGGGAGGUGGGCGUGUCGCCCUUCUCGGACUGCGGCCUGGGCUGGUGCCUCCAGCAGCUGGACCAGGAGGAGUUGCAGGCGUUCAAGGAGCUGCUCAUGGGCAGCGCGGCGGGGCUGCUGCCCGGCGCCUUCCCCUGGGAGGAGGUGCCCGGGGCGGACGCCCAGCGCCUGGCCUUCCUGCUGCACGGGCACUGCCGCGCGGUGGUGGUCUGGAGCGCCGCCAUGGACAUCUUCCAGGAGCUGAGCCAGCCCGUGCUGGCGCAGAAGGCCAGGGAGGAGAUGGAGAAAUGUUCCCUGGCUGAAAUCCUGCAGGAUUUGACACCCACGAGGACUGACCGAGGAACGAGCAUGGGCCAGCCUCCAGAAGUGCCUCAAGUUGUACUGCCAGAGGAUGCCAUAGCAGCAGAGACAAGAGACCAAGAAGUGCCACAAGUUGUACUGCAAGAGGAUGCCAUAGCAGCAGAGACAGAAGACCAAGAAGUGCCACAAGUUGUGCUGCAAGAGGAUGCCAUAGCAGCAGAGACAGAAGACCAGGCCAUGGGCCCCGGAGGCCAUGAGGGGAGGUACAGACGCUACGUGAUGGUGCGGUUCGCCCCGACGCGGGACGCCCACCACAGCUUCCGAACCUUUGCCGCGGAUUGUCGUCCGGCGCAGGCUCUGUCGGCCGCCUUCGCCCCGGACCCCCAGGGCUUCCGGCCGCUCACCGUGGUCCUGCACGGCUGCCCGGGCGUCGGGAAGUCGGCCCUGGCCAGGCGGGUCCUGCUGCACUGGGCCCGCGGGGAGCUCUACGCCGGCAUGUUCGCCUUCGCCUUCCUCCUGGACGCCCGGGACCUGCCCUGGAGGGGGAGUGUCACCCUGGCCGAGCUCCUCUCCAGGGAGUGGCCGGGCCCCGAGGUGCCCACGGCCCACAUCCUGGCCCAGCCCGAGCGGCUCCUGCUCAUCAUCGACGGCGUCGGCCGCCUGGACCUCAAGCCCCAUGACAUCAGCUACAGCCUGGGGGAGAGAGAUCCCGUGUCCCACCUGGUGGGCAGCCUGCUGGCGAAGGCCCUGCUGCCAGAGUGCUCGCUGCUGCUCACCGCCCGCGACGAGGACCUGGAGAAGCUGCAGGGGCUGCUGGUCUCCCCCCGGUACCUCCUCGUCCAGGGCAUCGCCACGGAGACCCGGGUCCGGGCCCUCCUCACGCACGUCCAGGGCGAGCACCGGAGGGCGGGCGCCCUGCAUGCGGUGCUGGACAACCACACGCUGACCGGCCCCUGCAAGGUGUCCCUCACAUGGUGGCUGCUGUGCCGGGCCCUGGAGCUGCAGGCGGCGCCGGGGACGGGCCUGCCCCCGGCCGCCGGCGCCUGCCAGACCCUCACGGGGCUGUACGCCACCUUCGUGGCCCACCAGCUGGCCCCUCCCGGCGACGAGGACGCGGGGCGCUGCCUCGGCCCCGACGAACGGACGGUCCUGAAGGGCCUGUGCCGGCUGGCAGCGUGCGGCCUGUGGGCCGGCCGCUCCCUGUUCUCCGCCGAGGACCUGGGUGCGGCCGGGCUGACGGAGCGGGAGCUGGCCGGGCUGUUCCAGAGGCACCUGCUGCUCCCGGACAGCCAGGGCGAGCGCUGCUUCUCCUUUCCGCACCCGAGCCUGCAGGCCUUCUUCGCGGCCCUGUGCUACGUGCUGGAGGGCCUGGAGGCCGGGUGGGCGCCCCAGGCCCCGGGCGGUGAGGCCUCGGGGCAACCCCCGGAGCCCCGGGCCUGCGACCAGCUGCUGCUGCAGGCCCGGCGCUUCCUGUUCGGCCUCCUGAGCCGCAAGGCGGCCGGCGCCCUGGAGGGGCUGCUGGGCUGCGCCCUGGCCGCCCCGGCCGGCCUGAGGCGGCUGCUGCUGUGCUGGGUGGGCCUGCUGGGCCGGCAGCCGGCCGCCCCCGCCCCGGCCGAUGCCCUGGAGGCCUGCUACUGCCUCUUCGAGACCCAGGACGAGGAGUUCGUCCGCGGGGCCCUGGGCGGGUUCCGGGAGCUGAGGCUGACGCUGGCCAGGACCAUGGACCUGCUGGUGGCCGCCUUCUGCCUUGGGCGCUGCGGGCGGCUGCGGGCCGUCCGGCUGGACGUGAGGGAGGUGUUCCCCGAGGACGAGGCCGCCGAGGCCUGGCCCGUCAUCCCCCGAGGCGUUUCCUCCCCUCCCCCACGCAGGCUGCAGGCCAAGCCCCUGGUCCUCGAGUGGUGGGAGACCCUCUGCUCGGCGCUCAGCAGCCACCCCAGCCUGCAGCAGCUGGACCUCGCCGGCAGCGUCCUGAGCGAGUGGGCCCUGAGGACGCUGUGCGUCAAGCUGCGCCAGCCGGACUGCAAGAUCCAGAAGCUGAUGUUUAAAGGGACGCAGAUCGCCCAGGGGCUGAAUCACCUUUGGAAGACGCUGAUCCUCAGCCAGAGCAUCAGACACCUGAGCCUGGACAACAUCCACCUGCAGGAGGAGGACAUCUGGGUGGUGCAGGAAGCCCUGCGACACCCCCACUGUGUGCUGGAGUCUCUGAGGCUGGAUCACUGUGGGCUGACGGACGCCUGCUGCCCGCCCCUCGCCCAGACCCUGCUGGCCUCCCGCAGCCUGACCGCCCUGAGCCUGGCAGGCAACAAGGUCACGGACGAGGGCGUGGCCUCCCUCUGCGAGGCCCUGAAGGUGCCGCAGUGCGCCCUCCGCAGGCUCGUCCUGGGCAGCUGUGGCCUCACGGACGCCGCCUGCGCGCACCUGUCCGAGGCCCUCGCCGGCAGCCAGAGCCUGACGCACCUGGACCUGUCCACCAACCCGCUGGGCAAGGACGGCGUGGCCCUGCUGUGCCGCGGCCUCAAGGCCCUGGCCUGCGCCCUGCAGAGGCUGAUGCUGCGGAACUGCGGCCUGGAUGCCGUCAGCUGCGGCUUCCUGUCGCUGGGGCUGGUGGGCAACCGGCACCUGACGCACCUGAGCCUCAGCCUGAACGCCGUGGGCGACGCCGGCUCUGACCUGCUGUGUGAGGCGCUGCUGGAGCCGAACGCCCGGCUCCGGGACCUGGAGCUGGUGCGCUGCGGCCUCUCGGCCGCCUGCUGCCGGAAGCUGGCCCUGGUGAUCCGGACCAGCCCGCACCUGCAGAGCCUGGACCUGGCGGCCAACGCGCUGGGGGACGGCGGCGUGGCCACCCUGUGCGCCAGCCUGCUGCUCAAGACCGCCCCGCUGCGGAGGCUCGGGCUGGAGGCCUGCGAGCUGACCUCGGGGUGCUGCGAGGCGCUGGCCUCGGUGAUGCUCUGCAGCCGCGCCCUGCACAGCCUCAACCUGCUGCGCAACCCGCUGGGCGCCGAGGGUGUCCGCACGCUCUGCCGCGCCUUCGCGCGCCCCGCGUCCAAGCUGCGCGUCAUCGGGCUGUGGAAGUGGCAGUUCCCUGAACACAUCGUCAAGCUGCUGGAGGAGGCCGAGCUCCGCAAGCCCAACCUGGUCAUCGACGGCCGCUGGUACUCCUCGGGCGCAGAGGACGAGGGCGACCGGUACUGGUGGAGAAACUGAGGCCGGCCCCCUUCCCCCUCCCUUUC